AUGUUUCUCAAUUUUAGCUUACCAUAUUUACAAGCUGCAUUAUUCGCUAAUACUUUAGAAGAUACUAUUACUGAAAUGCGCAUACUGGUUCAAUGUAACAAUGAAUUGCGUGUGACCAAGACUAUGUCAGAUAUGGGACUUCUGGUUGCAUUAAAAUAUGGAAUAUCUCAACCCGAAAUAAAAGACGAAUUGGAAAGUAUUGAUUACAGAAAAAUAAACUGCAAUGAAUAUAAAAUAAACAAACUUGAUAGUGAUAGGAAGUUAAUAAUCACUGCAAUCACGACUACUUACAUAGACUUAAUACAAACAAAAACAUAUAAAGCUUUAGAAAAUAGUAUUAAUACAAUAGUAAAUCUAGACAAUUACCGCGUAGAAUUAUGUAAUGAAGAAGAAAAAAAUAAAGUCCUGCGUCGUGAACUUAACAAGCAAAUAAGGCAGCAACAUAAUCAUAUCAAAUCAAUUAUUUAUGAUACUGAUGCUACCAUUGAUACUCUUAGGAGUGAAGUUGAAGAUGCAAAUCUUAAUGCCGAAAUUCGUAAUCGUUACGUUGAACGUUGGCAAGUAGCUCGUACUGAGCAACAUAAUCAGACAAUUUACGACAAAGAAGCUUUACCAACAACAGUUAUUGAAUAUUAUAAGCGUAGAGCCGACAGUGAACAAAGAGUUCACUCUGAAGUGGAACUUUUAGUUACCAUUUCUAUUAACGAAACUCUAGAGAAAAUAGACGAUUGGAUGAAUAAAUAUGACAAGGAUAUGGAAAAUAUAGAACUGAAAAUACAGCUUAAGAAAAAUGAUUACCAAAACAUGUUAGAUAAGAGAAUUAAUUUAGAGGAGAUGAUUGAAAAACAUAAGACCAUGAUAAAGGAGUGGAUACAGUUUAAAGGAGAACGUGAAAAAGCACGUCUAUACAGAGAAAACAUGACUAAGUCUGCAAUAAUCGUUCAAGCUUGGUGGCGAGGACUAUUAGUUCGCCGUCAACUUGGUCCUUAUAAAGCUAAAAAGAAGGGCGGUGAAAAGAAGAAGAAAUAA